CUCCCAAUUAUAAACGAGGACUCGAUUCCGACGUCGACGCUAACGCUUUGGAAGCCGUGGCCAAUCUCCACCUCUCCAUGCAGCGCCGAGCCCGCGCUGCGAGACGUUCGUGGAUCGCUGCCUAUUUUUCUCUCCGUCCAAAUAUUUCUCUUUCGGAAGCUACAAAUUAGUCAAGCCUCUUCCAAAGGAGCCGAUGCGAUCACAACUCUGAAGAGAGAAAGAGAGAGGAAGACGCAGUCAGUCUUCUCCUCUUUCUUUCUUUCUUUCUUUCAAUUCAGCAUUAAUUCUUGCUAAUUAAUUCCUGGUUGGCCAGCAAUUGAUUGCCUUCUGUAUCAAUGAUUGGAUACCUGUUUUGGCCUCUGUAGACAGGAGUUGGUUUUUCAAGCGAUUUUGCAGAAUCUGCAGAUUCUUCUUCUCGGAUUUGAUAUUAGGGCUUCCUUGUUGUUUAUGUUAUCGUCGCCGACAUGGUCGCCGGAACCACAGAAGCAGGGCAGCAGGCGGCGCCCCAUUUGGCGGCGGUGGCGAUGCCCGACCGCUUCGUCUCGGCGCUGUUCGCCGCUGUCUCCGAGUGGUGUCUGAUCGCGAUCUUGUUGGUCAACGCCGUGCUGUCGUACGCUGCCACCAGACUCGCGCGCGCCUGCCGCCUGCCGCCCCCCUGCCUCUUCUGCUCCCGGCUCGACCACGUCCUCGGUGGCGAGCGCCGGGGGUUCUACCGCCACAUACUCUGCCACUCCCACAAGCUCGAGGUUUCCGCCCUGGUCUACUGCCACGCCCACAGCCGCCUCGCCAACUCCCGCAACACGUGCGAGGGCUGCCUCCUCUCCUCCUCCUCCGCCGCCCACCGAAAGCCCAAAUUGCCCGUCUUUAGCGCCGCCGAAGCAGAGCACCUCGGCGACGUCACUUUGCCGGACGGAGGUGGCGAUCUCGGACAGGCUUCCGUCGGUCUCUGCUCAUGCUGCGCGGAGCCCUUCGCCGUACGCCGAGACACGCUUCAAUCCAAAAAGAAAAAGAUCCUCAAAGUUGACUGCGGCGGAGUCAAUGGCGGUCUCAUCGGACGCCGGACACAAUUAAGAAAGAAACAGGGGAAGACCUCGGAGCUACCGGCGAUGCAUGCCUUCGACCCCAUCUCGCACGUCGGCUACCGCGAACUGAAGGUCACGUCGGAGUCAGAGAUGCCGUUCGACGACAACGACGACGAUGGCUACGACGAAAACGAAGAUGGAUACUCGCCGAUGCACGGCGUUAUAGACGUCGAGGAGGAGUUUUCCUCGAGGACGAAGCUGCCGGCGGAGGAUUUGCUGACCGAUAAGCUUAGCUUUUCUGACGUCCUCAGUAGUCCGCCGUCACUGUUCGAUUCUGAGACGAAGCCGCCGGUGGCCGCACGUGAGUUGGAAGGGAUAAACUGGGACAAUGUCGUCCCCAACGUCAGAGCCACGGAGUCCACCGAGAGAACGAUCGAACAGGCUCCUCGACAAGUUUCAUCUAAUUCCGAUGGCAAUCCGGAAGGUAAAAUUCUAGAGUCUGGAAAUUUGUCUCCCUCGACGGGCACAAUCACGAACGAUCCUCCGACGACGGCACGCCCAAGCGGGCUCGAGCAAAGCGACAGCUUCCGGGGCGCAAUGACCAGGAAGGGGCUGAUGACGUCGCCGAGAUUCUCGGAACUGGUGGGCGGCAAGGCCCCGGAGGAAUUCAAGCUGCGGCUGUCCCAGAAAUCCUUCCGCGCUCUGGAAUUGCCGUGGAACAGCGACAUCAUCUCCAGCCCCAGGCUGGGCGAGCUAGACGCCUCCUGUUCCGCCGGGUUGCUGAGCAUCGCCAAGCGGCUGACCAUGGAGCGCAACAACUCGAGCCUGGACAACUACGACGAGGCGUGCAUCGUCUCCGACGUGGAAGGGGAGACGUCGGUGGAGCGGCUGCGGCAGCAGGUCGAGUUGGACCGGAAGACGAUGAGCUCGCUGUACAAGGAGCUGGAGGAGGAGCGGAACGCGUCGGCGGUGGCGGCCAACGAAGCCAUGGCCAUGAUCAACCGCCUGCAGGAGGAGAAGGCCGGGAUGCAGAUGGAGGCGCUGCAGUACCUGCGGAUGAUGGAGGAGCAGGCGGAGUACGACCAGGAAGCCAAUCACAAGCUCAACGACCUGCUCACCGACCGAGAGAAAGAGCUGCUCGACCUCGAAGCAGAGCUCGAGAGUUGCCGGAAGAGGCUCGGGGAAGAAACAAUCACCGAGCCGCCCGAAGACGAACCCAGCCGCAAGACAGAGUUACAGAAUCUGGUGGAAGGUUUCGAGGAGGAGAAGGCUCAGAUCUCGUCAUGCUUGAGGAAUCUACAGGCGAAGCUUGACGGCGAAUCGCGUGAAUCCGGCGGAAGCAUCGGAUCUCCGCAGGACGAACUUACGAAGCUCAACGAUCGAUUGAACGCGCUGGAUGCGGAGCAGGAGAUCCUCAGUCGCGCCGUCGGUGCGCUGAGGUACGGAGCUGGUGGAGUGAGGUUAGUGGAGGAAAUGGCGUGCCAGCUCCAGCAAUUGAGGAGAAUUCCUGCGGCUUAAAACCGGCGAAGAAUCUACACUCGCAUUUCCAUUCCUCGAUCAUUUUUGUUUUGUUCAAUCUUGUACCAAUAGCCAUUGACUGUGUAGUUUGUUUGUUCUUGAAUCUCCUGAAAUCUGGGAACCAACAAUGAAGGUUUCUAGUGCGUAUGUCUGCUCUCUCUCUCACUCUCUCUCAUUCUCUCUCUCCUCUUCGUCGCGUGAGGAGGAAAUACAUUAUUACGUCCCUAUUGUUUCUGAGUUUUCCCACUUAUGUCCCUCAAAUGUUUUCGUUCC